AGUUCCGAAUGUUUGAAGCCAGCUCUGCCUGUUGGGUAAUUCAGGAAGAAAAUCCUUGAGUAAAAUUAUCAAUUUCCUCAAUUUUUUCAUGGAUUGAAACGUCUGAUAAGUUUAUCAAGUUUAAAGCACCAAAAUGCCUGAAUCAAGGACAGUUUGUAUUGCAGUCAUAGUGACUGUAGUAGUAUGUGUAGUUUUUAUUGGUAUAAUGGUGGGGGUGUCCCUCAAGAAAUUAAAUUCUGAUGAAGUUGCUCUCCAGUAUGAUACGGUUGCCAAAUCACUCGCAAGGGAGCCGAAAAAUGAAGGGCUUCACGCAGGUCCGCCCGGAUACGAGUUCAUCAAAUUCCCCAAUGUCUAUAAGACAAUCGAUUUUAAGAAUUUGAGGUGUUUGAACUCGCAGGGCAUACCAAUAUUUCUGGACGUCUCGUACCAAUACAAGGCCCGGGGGAAGCAGCUCUAUGACAUCGUCAUGGACUUCAGGAACUUUGACAACUAUAAGGUGGUGUUGCAGUACGCUGGCAAGUCUGCCAUCCACGAGUCAUGCAGCAUGUUCAACACAUCCCAGUUCCAGGCAGAAAGAGGUGCCUUCCAGGAGAGCUUACGGACCAUGCUCAAGAUACGCUACGAUCUCCUCCACUGUGAUGUCAGUGACUUACAGGUGAACAACAUUGCUCGGCCGACUGAGUACGAAACUGCGGUGAAAAAUAAGGAGGCGGCCAAGCAGAAUAUUGACGUCGCCCUUCAAGAGCGUCCGCGUAAACUGACGGAGGCGCAGACAAAGAAGAAAGAGGCAGCAGCCCAGGCGAAUAUUACCAUCGAGAAGGCCGAGUCGAAUGCUAGGAUAAUACUACAAAAGGCGGAGACGGAAGCGGACGCCAUCUUGGAUGAAUAUGCAAAAGAGGCCGAAACGUACAAACAAAUCGUGGAUGCCGGCGGCCUCGCUUUGGACUCGGACGGCUUUAUCUCAUACAUGGGCGUUCGAACAAUAUCGGCAGCAAAGAAUCCGGUCCAUGUUGCGAUGAAAGCUCCCGCAAAAUCCUCUUAUUUGAAUCCAUAACACCAAGAAUAUUAUUCUUGAUAACACUAAUAUAUUAUUCCACAAUCAGUUUUAAAAGAUUUCUUAUUUUUUAACGAGUUCGAACAAAGAUUUAUGAGAAAAGUUAUCGAUCAACCAACCAAUCGUUUAACAUAUUCCACAUGUUUACCCUUGAUUUGGGGGUUCGCCAGAGAUUUUUAAGUCCGCUGCAUGUAAAACUUUUACCCCUGUGUGGGAUCUUUUACUUGCGUUGGGAUAAUGGCACUCAGGUACAAGAGGACUGCAGCUUUUUAGUCUCAUUCGACAUACUUAAUUUUUGGUUCAUUUUAUUUGGUCGUAAGGAAUUUUAGUUCUUUAAAAUUCUACAAACACAUUUGAAGAAACCCAUUCCAAGUUAUCACUGGGACUUGAACUUGGACCCAUCAGCAUGGAAGGAUAGAGUUACUGGACUAGGUGUUUCUUUUUUUGGUAUGCAUCUAGCAUUAGAAUGUCAUUGUUAGGAAUUUAGACAUGAGAUAAUACUGUGUUUUCCAGCAAGGGAGUUUCUAGUUUGGAAAAGAAGUGCCUUAGAAUCUGCAGCAGAAAGUUUCACAAGCAAUUCACGGAAGUUAUGUGAUUGUGCCGUGAAUCUUGAAUCUUGUGUCCGGUAUUUUUUGUGAAGACAAAAGAUUUGGAUCAUUCUAAUAAUAUUCAUUAAAUGUUGUAUUUUUCGGACCAUGUAAUAGAUAGAUCCCACUAUCGUCACCUAUAUGUGUACAAUAUGCCAUCAGAAUGUGUUUUUUUUAAUUCUAAUAUUUAGUUUAAUUCAGAUUGCUUCAUUUGAGUCCACACAAUACGUACAUAAUGAUUGCAAACUUUAUCAUAGUGAAAAAUAGGAUAAGAUAGAAAAUCAUGAAAAACCCGAUAGAGCAAAACAUUUGAGGGUUCAGGCACGGACCCAAGGUUCAGGAAAAGGGGGGCGUUUCACAUUGAAAUUCAUGGUCAACUUAAAAGAUUUUCUCUCAUAAGAGGCCCCUCCUUUAAUAUAUCUCCCCAGCAAUCACCUUCUCUUUCACACAAUUAAGCCAAAUGUUGCUUUUAAUUAGAUGAUUAGAUUAGAUGAGAUAACAUGAUGUUCCACAUUAUUUCAGAACAUUCGUAGCCUUCUCAGUAGCUUUGACAUGUGCUGCCAUCUGAUUAUCACAACAUAACUAGUUUUACAGUCCAAGUCACAAUUGACGUCCUUCCUGCUUACGCGCGACGUAUGCACAGAUGGCACACCAGUGACGCAGGACAAUGGCGCAAAUUAAGGGAUGUCAGUUGUGAUUUGGACUGCAUUUAUCCUAUUCAAAAUGGUGUUUUAAUACAUGUAGGUACAAAAAAUGUUGUUUAUACAUGUAGGUACAAGUUUUGAUCCAGAAAUCCAUACAUAUAUUAGCUCACCUUUUCCUUUUUUGAUGGUACUUACAUUUUAGUUACACACGAUUCAGGUCGCACCCUUUGUAAUUUUUCAUACACUUUUAUUUUUACAAAUGUAUUGUAAUGUACUUUCAGUACAGUGUAGUACUGUUGAUUUACAACAAUUGGGAUAAAAGUUAGAAAAAAAUA